AUGUCUUCAAGUUCAGAUUCUAAAAUUAAGUCAUUACAAGAUUCGGGUUUAGUUGAUUGGUCAGUAUUAUCAGAAAUUAUUCAAAUGGAUGAAGAUGAAGAAGAUUUUUCACAACAAUUAUUUGAAACUUUUGUUAAUCAAGUUAAUGAUACAUUUAAAGAAAUAAAUCAUUAUUUAAAAACUAAAGAUUUAGAUAAUUUAUCAAAAACUGGACAUUUUUUAAAAGGUUCGGCUGCUGCUUUGGGAUUAACUUUAAUUUCUCAACAAUGUGAAAGAAUUCAAAAUUAUGGUCAUAAAAUCAAUUUUGAUAAUUUUGAUAUAAGGGAUGUGGAUAGAGAGAAGAUAAAAGAUGUGGAGGAGGAUGGAGUGGAAACAAAUGAAAAUGGUAAAAAUAAAUAUGAAGAUAAAGAAAAUAAUAUAACAAAAGAUUCAAUAACGAAAGAUAAUAAAAAAGAUGAUGAAUUUUCUAUACUUGAUCAAUCUUCAGAUGAAUAUUGGAUUUUAUUAAUUAAAGAUGCUUUAGCAAAGGCAAAAUCUGGUUUUAUAUCUACAAAAAAAGCAUUAGAUGAUUAUUUUGAAACAGAAUAA